AUGUUCGUAGGAUUCAUCAUUGCGUCGUUAUUUUUGGCCAAUGCGGCAUAUGCGUGUCGAAUGUCUCACGCACAAGCUCUCUCAUCUGUUCAAUCAGUUGGCAUUGGAAUUUGGUCAUCACAUGGUUGUUCCGAUCGAAACAAUCCUAUGUGUACAUCACUUGAUACGAUUACAUGCAAUGCUAUCAAUUGUAUUAAAGUCUUUAAACAAAGCAGUGGCUGUCCAGUCACUAUUACUGGAGCAACCGAAACUGGUCAUGGUAAUGGUGCAGGUCUCACCCACUGGAAUGGAUAUAAAAUCGAUAUCAGUUUGAACGCGUGUGUUGACAAUUAUAUUCGUCGUUGGCCAUUCAUUGGAAAUCGUGGUGAUGGAGCAGCAAUGUAUAAAGCUGGUAGUGGUAAUGUCUAUGCACGAGAGAAAGACCAUUGGGAUAUUGUUUUCAACAACCCCUGCUAA